AAAUUUCUUAUAGACGCUGCGAUAAUGACAUUUUUAGAUGAUGAAUUCAAAUACUAUUUACCAAACAUGACCUGUCUCAGUUUGUUGAAUCUGCCAUACGAAUCGCGUUGCAUGAUGGUCAGAAAGGUGCCGGACUGUAAAGCGUUAAUUAACAAUCUAAAUUACUUCGAGGUCUUGUGCUGCACUUUGGGCAUUCGCACUCCAGAAACUGAAAUUUCAGUAAUGUUACUCUUUAUCUUCUUUGUGCUCGUUUACGUAUUGAUCACGGGCAUUAUCGUGAGUACAUAUCUAUCGCCAGUUAUGAAAAUUCUAUCUGUUAAGAUGCACAUGAAUGAAUAUUUCGCUGGAAUCACAGUGUUGGCUUUUGCCAAUUCCUUUCCGGAUCUGAUAUCAAACAUGAUGCCAAUUCGUGCACAGGGUGCCCUUUUCACGAGGACCAUUAGCAAUGCUUUGGUCAUAGUCCUCGUGUGUGGUGGCAUGGUCUGCUAUCUGAAACCCUUCAAGAUGGAUGGUCACAGUACAACGAGGGAUUUGCUCUUCCUUUUGCUGGCCGUGGAGGUGAUGAGUUUUAUGGUUUCCCACGAGGGCAAGGUUAGCCAAAGCGAUAGCUUAGUUCUGCUUACGUUUUACGGAAUCUACCUGAUUAUUCAAUUGGCUGAUCUCAUUUUGAUGCGAAGAACAAUUAAGCAACUCCGUGCGGAAAUAUUUAUUUUAAGACAGCAGCCCAUUUCGCUCAAAAGAAAUGAGAUAUUGAGAAAAAAGAUGGCAGUACUCAUUGAUCUGGAGAACAAUGAGGUAAUGAGCAUUAGGAAACAGAAUACCGGCUUCUAUACACACAAAUCUCGAUCAUCUCCGGCUGGCAGUUUCUUUGUCACGCCAGUUCUGAAAACGAAUACAAAUGACGUCGAUUACGUUUCGACCAGGACUAUUCUUCACAACAAGAAGAACCUGAAGAAUCAAUUUCUGUUCUCUGAAUUCCUAAGCGCUCUGAAUCCCAUUGAUACCAUGGACUGGAAAUUGAGUAACAAUUGCGAUCGCUUUAUCAUUAUCUGCAAAUGUCCAUUGGUUUUCAUUGCCAAGUUUGUUGUGCCCGAGGUGAACUAUGAGAAAUACAAACAUGGUUGGAGCAAGUUGCUCAACUGCAUGCAGAUUAUCACGACUCCGUUUAUUAUCAUAACCACUGUUCAUUCUGACCUGGCCAAGGUCUAUUGCGGUUGGCAUAUUGUACUCAACUUCAAAUACUCCUUGUGGUCAUUGUGCCUCACAGUUCCAACGGCCGUGUUUGUCUUCUUUCAUUCCCGCACCGAUUUACCCCCUCCCUAUCAUUUUCUUUUUCUCUUUAUUACCAGCACCAGUUCCUUCGUCAUCAUCUUUAUGUGUGCUGCAGAGAUUGAAGUGCUCACCACGAUUGUGGGCAUCGUUUUUAACUUGAGUGACAAUUUUAUGGAUAUCACUUUUGGCUCUUUGAUCAAUGCCAUACUUGACUUGAUAGCCAUCUUUGGCAUGACCAUGCAGGGCUAUGAAAAAAUGGCCUUUGCUGCCAUUUUCGCGGGUCCCUUUUUCAGUAUUAUUGUAGGCAUGGCUGUCCCCCUAUAUUUCAACGAACAUGUUCGUGAACAAGGCGCAACAGUUUGGUUGUAUGGCGAGCACGGCGUAGUCUGCUAUAUCUUUUUCCUGAUUACAGUGAUCUCUACCUUGACCUGGACCUUGACAUUAAAUUUCUAUAGCCGACGCUCGGUUGGCAUCUAUUGUUGGAUCCUACUAAUCCUAUUUCUACUUUUUGCAUUCGCCAUCGAAUGGAACGUUAUACAUGGCUUUUCAUUCGAUCCAUAUUUCCCACCCCAAUAAUUUGUACCAACCAAAUGAAUAAAAUCUCAGAUUUUUUAAGAGUAAAAGUAGCAUUAUUAAUAA